UGUAUAUAUACGUAUAAAUAUAUGAUAUCUAUUAUAUAUAUACACACGAUAUACCCAUCUAUAUAUAGAGAGACACGCAUAUCUGUUCUUUUUAGAGAGAGAAGGAGAAGGGAAUGAGAACAAGGCGUGGGAUUUCUUAUAAGAAGGUGAAUAACAUGUGUUGUGAGAAAAGAAGAAGAGAUGGCAAUAUUAUGGGUGAGAAGAUGAUACGUAGCCGGAAAAGGUUGAAGUCGUCGUCGGGGACACCGGUGGCGACUGUUUCCGGCCAAUGUGAUUUCCUUGAUACGCUUCCAGACGACAUCGUUUUGUUUAUUCUUGCAAAGCUUGGUGCCACCGCCGCUUGUCCCGCCGAUUUUGUUAGCGUUUUAUCAACAUGCAAAAGGUUAAACGCGUUAGGUGUUCACUCUAUUGUGUUAUCAAAAGCAUCUCCGAAGGCGUUCGCUUUUAAAUCUGAAAACUGGUCGGAAUCUGCUCACAGGUUUCUUAAACAGUGCUCAGAUGCCGGAAAUAUUGAAGCUUGUUACGCACUUGGCAUGAUUCGGUUUUAUUGUUUGCAAAAUCGAGGAAGCGGAGCGUCUCUAAUGGCUAAUGCGGCGAUGAAUUCCCACGCUCCGGCGUUAUACUCGCUUGCUGUGAUGCAGUUUAACGGUAGCGGCGGUUUAAAAACUGACAAGGACUUACGCGCCGGUGUAGCUCUUUGUGCUCGUGCGGCGUUUCUCGGCCACAUCGACGCACUCCGGGAACAUUGCCGAAGGCCGGCGGUUUUUGGUUCAAGCCAACGCCCUUGA